UGUGGUGGUGUAAUGGAGGAGGGAGCUGUAUAUUGCACACCGACGCUGCCAUCGAAAAAGAAAAGGCGCGCACAAGAAAAGCUGCUGCGUUCACCUGUGGCGUGUGCGCUCCUGCCAGCCAUUAGCCUGCUGGCAGUGCCAGGAGCCAGCCUGGAGCCGGCCCACCCAAGCAUGUCGGGGCCCUCACCUGGCAAGACCCCCCGCUUUCCUAUCGCUGUGGAUAUUCCUGUUCCACCAGAGCGACGAACAUCAGCCAUCAAUAUUGUCACUAACCCCAGCUUUGACGGCGGCUUGGAACAGGCCCCAGAAGAAGCUCUCUACUCCACAAUUCAGCCAAAGCACGAGUGUGGAUCUAGUCCUGGAACACCACCUCCCCCGCUGCCUCCAAAACAGCUUGAGGUUCUCUACACUAAGCCUAUUAAGCCUAAGAAAUCCAAAUCGAGGGAAGGGUCCCGAGGCUCGAAGGAUUUUGGAGAUGGAAAAGAUGGCCCUCAGCUCUGGAAGCUGCACAUAUCGCAAGAGAGCCCCCCAAAGCCUUCACAGAGCUCCUCUGGGUGCAACUGUCAGCAACUGGCAUCACUGCUGCAAGACAACUAUGCUAUGAAACAUGAACUACUAACAUAUAAGGAUCGGAUAAAAUCCCUUACUACUAAACUAAAACAGUUUGAAGGAAUAUCGGAAGUCAUGAAGGAACUUCAACAGAAUGUUGAAAGAGUGUCAGAAGAAAAUAAAAGGCUCAAGCAGUAUGAAAAAUGCAUUACAGAGGCCAAGACUACAGAACAAGAGAAGCAUGACCUUUUUGAACAGCUCAAAGAUGCACAGUCACAGUACAAGUAUGAUGUGGACCAUCUGAGCCAGCAGGUGAGUCAGCUGGAGCGUGAGAAGCAAGAGCUGGAAGGGGCCCUAGCCAAGUUACAGCAGGAGCAUGACCAGCUGCUCAUCUCCACCCAGAACUCUGUCUCCUUCCAGUUCCACACAACAGCCAUGCUUGAGGUCAAGAGGCUUCUAGAAGAGCUCAAACAAAAGUACCAAAAUGACAAGGAAAAUCUCACACAUAAGGUCCAGCUGGCCGAACAAGAACGGCAGGAGCUGAAACAGCAGCUGGUACAGCUGGAAGAAGAAGUGGGAUGGCUGCGAAGUGAUCAUAGUGCUCUCUCAGGCGCCUACCGCCGAGCUGUUCGCCAAAACCACACAUUAGUCACCCAUCUCCGUGAACUUCAGGAUGAUGACUCUGAGAUGCACUCACUGCUGUCAUCACUUCUUGUCACUGUAUGUCACUUUUGCUACAAGUGUAUGACUGUAAUUAUGUACACAUGCAUAUGCAAAACUAACACAUUAAUAAGGGAUGACAAACAGGUACAUACCAAACAAGACAAAAGGUAAUGCUGGAGCAAGCCAGAAAAGAAGAUUGAAUGUAAAUUUUAAAGAUUACAGUUAAGUACUGGUUACUCACAUAAAGUGUCACUGCACCGUAAGACAUAUUUAAAUGUGUGGUAUGAUGGAGUCAUGUAUG